GUUUGACGCGCGAUCGACGACUGAAAACCGGACGGUGUUUUCGCGGAAGAAAUGGGGGUCGAAAAAAGAAAGUCGUGCAGAGGGUCAGUACAGGAGGCGACCCGUUACUGCAGCCAGGCACCACCGGACCUUCACUUAUAUCGUCUCUCGGCUAAUAACGCUAGUAAUGUGAUAUGAUUAGCUUAGUUGAGUUCAGUUUAGUUCGUAUUCGUUCAAUUUAGUGGUUCGCCAGCAAAAUCACAUCGAGUUAAACCCAUUUAGGCCAGUUAAGUUACCGACUUCUCGCUCUUGCGCGAUAGCCGUCAUCCUCCCGGCAAAACGGCGUCUCCUGCGUCCGCGGAUAUCCUGCGGCCCGCAUUCGAUCACCCUUACUGGCCGUCCAACGUCGAGCCUCCGGGAAGCCAGUCUCCCAUUCAUUCUGAUGAUCUUCGUACAUUGUCCAUUACUGCAGUUCUUCCUCUUUACGUGGAAUCCUUGCUUCCCAUUUUGACAUAGCCUGUAGCCGCGGUCUUUUCGCACCUUCAGAAUCCAAUUGAAAGCACUUGAUUCGUUUAUGUCGAUUCAAUCGGACUCGUGAACUGCUGUUCACCGGUCGAUUCGCGAGUCUGGUGAACAGUCGCGUGGACCGGUCGAAACGAGCGACGAGGCCGCGGUUCCUGUGUCGAACGGGAAACACGGAUCCGCGCGGUCCGGUGGGGUAGGAAGUGAAGGAGAGCGUGCCCGGUCCCGGAGAGCGAGAGUGCAAUUAAAUCACCGCGUGACAGGCGCGCACGAGCGCGCGCUAAUUACCGCCGAUGAAAUUAGCAGUUAAUGUACGCGUGUACACACGGAAUGGGGGUAGUUUGAUUGGGCCAAUUCGAGGCAAUUCCUGGCGAUUGCUGGUUUCAUUGAGCCUGCGCUUAAGAGCUCAGUGCCACGCUGCCGGCCAACGGACAUGGAUCUCUUCGAAAGUAUAGGUACUUUUACCUUUCUACCCUCGCGGAUCGAUCGUCGAUCUUCGAUCCGGGUGACACCGGAUGUGUUCGAAACUGUGGACGUUCAGAGGUGCGACGAGAGAAUCGUGUGAUCUCGGACCAGGCUGGUUGCAAGCUUCGUCAUCUUUGGGAGUCAAAGUUCAAGGACUGUUGGUCAAGAGACAUGUGACGUAGAAUCGUUGAUACAGUUUCGUGGAGUGUAACCGAGGCUGUCAAGUGAAGUUUCAAAGACCAUCGGUAGUGUUUAAUAUUUGCAGUUAUCGUGGGUCGAAACUUUUUUGGAUAAAACUGUGUUACAACCGUAAGUAUUUUUUAUUCUGAGUUUGAACUUUCUACGAUCCAAGUAAAAGAUUAGUCUCGAAAUCGUGAGAUAUACAUAUGAUUUAUACGAAAAAUGCAAUGAAGCGCCUGGUAGAUUUUGAACUGUGACCUCCUGAUAGGGGUCAAGCGCGAGGAGUUCAUAGUCAGAAUGGAAGACUCCGAUGCAGAAUUUUCCCAUCGCAGUUUAUCGUGCGCAAGCCGGGUUGCUCCGAUUCCCACACGCCCCUCCAGUUGUCCCGACACCGUCACCUAAACGCAUCGCGGAAUCUCCGGUUCUCCAGUCUCUUCAUCCGGGGGCGGCGCAACGACGCGGUGGUACCAAACGAAAAGACGUUCCUAGGAGAGACAUCAACGACACGCGCACCUUGUACAGAUAGAAAUGAGAGAAAAACGGGAGGUGUAUGAAAGUGAAAGAGAAGGAAAGCUAGGGAACUCACCCCGUGGUACCACGGCGUGGGCAUGGGAAGAAUGGAGGAAAGGGAGAAAGAAAUGAAAGAGAAUCCUGGGAGAGGGAGACGAUGAUCGUGCGAGGGGGAUAAAAACUAGGGACGGAGAGAUACGACGAUGGACGAAAUGGAAAGGGAGAGAAAGAGGAAGAAACACUGGGAGGCAGUGUACCGCGCCCGCAUAAAACGGUCGUCCUCUCCUGAAGCAUUAACGACGUAGUCGAUGCCACUGGAUUGGCUGGUUUCCAUGUGUGGGGGCGGACUGGCCGACAACCCGUUGAAAAUAUAAGCGUGUGUGAGUGUCGGUUGAUUAGCCAGAGUCAGAACGGAUCGUCGCUGGUGCGACAGUGUCCGGUUAGCUCUUGUUGUUUCGCGAGAUCGACCUUUCAUCCGAGGCUCGCCGCGAGCAAGUCGUCCCGAGAAGAUUCGAGUCGAGGAGAUUUUCGAAUUUUUAAUAUCUGCCGCUCAGUUUCGAAUCGUGACGAUCGACCGUAGGGUCGCCGGUCCCGCCGAUUUCCGUCCCGGUUAAAUCUGUACAUUGCGUCGACGACACGAUGCUGGCUCGCUUCGUUAGCCCGGACUAAUCAAAAUUAAUCAUAACCCGGGCAACAAUUGAUCGCAAUUGGCUCGGAUUCCAUUACGGAGGACGCGCGAACGCGACCACCGUUCUGAGCACUGCGCGCCUUUCUGCAUAAUUGGCGGAGAUUAACGAGAACUUGAGGAAUCGGUGGAAGUGAUUGGAAACCUGUUGCUUCGACGAUUCGAACGAAAUUCAACGUCAAAUUUUCAAUUGUCGAUUAAAGGACAAGGAUGAGCCAACGUACGAGAAGAGGAAAUAGAAAUUAAUAGAAGAAAUCUAAACUUGGAUUCAUAGCAAUUCAACGAGGGAGAUACAAUUUGAAGCAUUGAAAAGUCAAUAAUAAGUCACGUGCUUCUGAACUAAAGUGAAGUGCAACGGACUUCGAAUAAAUUUCCGAGUCCGGAAAAAUGGACGGAGGUCCCUUCGACGAUCCGAUUUUCUCCGACUUCGGCGGUCGAGCUGGUUCCGGCGUUCACAGUAUUCAAGUGAUGCUGGGUCUUCACGGUGGACACCAUGGCGGCGAUUUGAUACCCACCGGAGGCCACCUUCACAAAUUGGACUCUUCCAACAGCCCACCACCGCAUCAUCAAACGUCCCACCAUCAUUUGCAACAGCAACAGCAGCAGAAGGAGUUGAAGGAAUUAGAACUGGCCGGAAUGUACGCGCCACUCCCGCAGACGCAGGACGUCACCACUUCGACGUCCACCGCCGCGACGCCAACUUCGACGACGCUACAGCAAAGCCUGCAGCUCGGGAAUCCUCUGAAAAGGAAGCCGGAAGAUCCGAUGAACACCCUUGCUCCCGUGAGCAGUGAAGCGCAGCCGGCGAAGAAAGACUCGAAGAAGAAGACUGAUAACAACGGAAUUAAGAAGAAGAAGACUAGAACGACGUUCACGGCUUAUCAAUUGGAAGAAUUGGAAAGGGCUUUCGAGCGUGCACCGUACCCAGACGUAUUCGCGCGAGAGGAGCUCGCUCUCAAACUCGCACUCUCUGAAUCGAGGGUUCAAGUCUGGUUCCAGAAUCGGCGCGCGAAAUGGCGUAAGAGAGAACCGCCGCGUAAAACCGCUGGUUACAUGGCUGCCGGCUCCGCGAGUCCGGGUUUAUCAGGAUCUUUCACCUCUCUUAACAAUACUUUGAAUCCGUUCGCUUCCCCGACGACUGCGACGGCACCGCCUGAUGCCUGGGCGUAUUCACCGGCGUACGACCUGGCACCACAUCUGAAUCUUCUCAGCCCGUCGAAUUCACCGUAUUCCACGUCCUUCGGCGGGCCCAGUAAUAACGGGACGGCGUACUCGUACGCGACGAUGCUCCCUCAGCAUGACGCCUCGUUGUUCUCCACGCCGUCGGGGAACACGAUGCGCGUUCACCAGGACUACAUGAACGCCAGCAACAGUCCGCCGCCGCCUCUCACGCGUAAUGAUUACCAGACCAUGGUGACUACCCACUCGCCGCCUACGCAUUUGACUAACUCGAUGUCCGAGGAGGAGCAUCAGCAGAACAAGCAGCUAGAUUAUGUCAGUGGCCUGAGUCCGGCGGACAAGUAUCAACACGAGCAGCAGGAUUACGGGCAGCAGCAACAGCAGCAGCAGCAGCAGCAGGACCAGAAGCAAGAGUACGGGAUGCACUCGCCGCAGGGACGGCAAGGGAUGAAGGAUCAAGUUAUGGUGAAGACCGAGCCGAACAGUCAGCAGAAUUACGUACAGUUGCCUCCUUUUCUGAACUGACUCGAAACCUCAGGUCUAGGCUCGCUGUAGAGCACCUGGCGGUUCCGAUUUGGGAGUUUCAGGGUCGAUGACGAGCUCUCGGGUCCGAAGACGAGACGUUCGGGUCUCGUUCUAGUUUCCCUCGGAAAUGAUUUCUUGGGUUUCGUAAUGUAACGGUGUCUUGAGUCGAGGAACUGUAGUUUUUUGGUAGCUUGAAAGCAGAAGGAUCGAGGAAGUUGUGUAAGGGAAGGGAAUUUUUAAACAGUUUUUUAUUUAUGAAAUAUUCUUUCUUGUAUCAUAUACUGGAUCGAGAGUUUUUUUAAACCGCGUGUAAUUAAGGGUAUAAUAAUUAUUAACGAUACUUAGGAAACUGUAGAAGGAAGCGUUUUUUUUAUGAUAAAGGUAGGUUUAGGAAAUGUAUUUUUAGGGAGCAAUUAACUGAACGAGAGCAUUCCAGUGCCUUAAAAGCGUGUCGUACUCUAUAUCGUAACUGUACGUGUAUGAAACUAUGUAUGAAACGUAAGGUAUGUCAUUUUUCAGUUUGUAAAAUUUCUUAUACAAAUCAUAUCGCGUGUAUAUUUUAUACUCCAUUCUUCUAUUUGUGAUGUUUCCAAUUAAAACAUGAGAAUAUGCAAUCGACGAGAACUCUGCCUCCGGAUGAACAACAUCUCUCGGAACGUGGUAGUGUCUAUUAUAAUCUUGUACGUUAAUAUACGAUUUGUAAGCGAAAGCGAUUUUGAAUAAAUCAUCAGAAAAUA